ACCUGCCGCUUCUGCUACUUCCUCCUCUCCCCACCGCGUCGCCAUCCGUCCCCUCUUUAGCAUUUGAUCAGUUCCAGGACAAAUGUCAUUUACAGUGUUUGAAUCUUAUUAAUCGUCGCUUCAACUCCUAUAACCGCAAUCGAGCGCUGCAACUCUACGAUCGAGCACUGUUACUCUCAGAGCUGCCGGAGUUUUGGCCACGGAAGCCGAUGAAGCUCCUCGUGUGCUUCCCUUUCAGCUUCAGUUCGACCAACCAGUUGCCUCUCAGAUUAAAAUUUCUGAGUGGAAUCCGGAAAAAGGACUUACUCGCUAUGGUUACCUAAGAUUCAAUCGGCAGUGACUAUGGACGAUUUCUCCUGGAAGGUGCAUUACAUCUUUAUAGUUACAAGGAUCAAAGAAACAUGCACUCUUAAGGUAUCUGUAGAUGUCAAAUGGAAAUUGUUCCAAAGUUUAAAGUCCCAUACUGUUGCUGUUGUGUCUCUAAACUGGGAGGAGGAUGGACAACUAAUUAGGGACGAUUUUAAUGAAAUCUCAACAUAUGAGAACUGUACUUCUCACUUUUUCCCUCCUGCUCCAAGAGUUCCUUGGAUGCCUGGACUUGUAUCUGGAGAUACUGGCUUCAUGGAUGAUAGUGAGGAUUCAUUCCAAAAGCUGUCAGAGUGUUCAUAUCAACGGUUUAAUAUUAUGUGCAGUGGAGAUAAUGAUGGAAACAUUUUCUUUAGCAUAGUUGGAAUUUUUCCCAUUGGGAAAAUUGUAAGUUAUUCAUCUAUCUUGGAAUUAGCUUUCUACAUUAUAUUGAUUAAUAGGGUUGACAACUAAAUGUAUAUUUUUGUGUUUCUUUUGGCACUGAUCUGUGGUUUAAUCCUGCAUUAGGUCUCAUUUCAGCUGCUCGGAUAACAUCUAGUUGACACAUUAAAAAAGUUAAUAUAAUAGCAAUGUUUUUAGAAUGCAAGCUCGGCAUGUGAGCUGCAUCCUGAUUGAUCUAGGUUUUGUUUAGUUUUUUAUGUAGUUUAUUUAUGUUCUCAUAACUGUUUUUACAUUUCAUUAGAAACUUACUUUCUUGUUUUCCUCUAUAUUCCAUAACUUUGAAUUUUUUGGUGAAAUUUGUGUGCCAGAGCCCAGAAUAUACACAAGUUGUCCAUUCCUUCUUCCCUCAUGGAUGAACAAGCUUCUUACAGAUUUGUAAAUGGUUCCAUUUCAAAGGUUGCUUGGUCAAAAGACCUUUGUCAUUUGAUAGUUAUGUGCGCUAGAGAACUUAAUGAAGAUAAUCUUGAAUCAACAGAGAGGCAAAUGGGUGGACGUGGUAGAGGCUUGCAUUGCUUCCUAAUGGAUACUUACAUAUUUUGGAAAAGGUAACUUUCAAGAGAAGCUUGGAUUACAAAUUCAUUAGUGUUUGGAUUUUAUUUCAUUCAGAUUCAGAUUCAGAUUCAGAUUCCUAGUGCUUCUUGCUCUAGGUUUUACAGCAAACAAGCUGCUUAUUUAUUAUAAUAUUUGGGCAUUGUAUGAUAAAUCAGAGUCAAUAAAGGAUAUCCUACCCA